CAAUAAAUUGAAAUUGUUGAAUGAUGGUUCCUGAUGUCUUUCAACUCGAUGCAGAUACCAACGUGGAAACAAAACAGUCCAAGGUUACAACAGGUAACUCAGCAACAACAGAAGAACGAAUAAGUAAUAAAGAGACAACUCCUUGGAAAGUACCUUCAGGAGAACCAAAAAAUGUAGGAAGACCACAGCAACUACAAGAUGUAGCAGCUACUUGGAGUCCAGAUAGUGGAAGACACGCGUUGCAGAUUCCGAAAAGUAUGAAGAAUGUUGGAGGCCAUUCAUCUUCAGAAGCUUCGUCUGACACUGAUUCAACUCAAAGUGUUCCCUCAGGUGAUAAUAACUCUUUUUUGGAAAUUGGAUUGGUUGUAUUUACUUUUUCUAUAGAAGAACUGCAACCGAAGAGGUCUGUGAGUAUUUUGGCUUCGAGCAUUCAAAAUCUAGGUAGGCGCUAUUUACCUCACGACAGCGACGACGAGGAAGAGGAAAAGACAAGUCUACUUGUCAAUUCGGGAAAACCAAAACUGCACAGACACUUGGAAAGAAGUGUUACUAUUGACUUUGAUGGUCAGCUCGGCUCUCGACUGGGCGAUAAAUUAUCCUCCAAGGUCGCCUCUGUAAGAAGCAUAAAGGGCCCCAGAAGGUCACGUUAUAGACAUAGAGAUGCCUUGCGUGCUAUGAUUGAAGCAGAGAAUAAAUGGCAACCUGCUGGAAAACGAUAUAUGGUUCCUCGAGCAGAAACUUUUUCAAAUAAGAUUACGACUAGUCCAACUAUGGGACCUUUAGGUUCACCAGUGGUUUCUCCUCAGGAAAGCCACACUUCAGCUGCUUCUAGCCAUGGCUCGGAAACUUCAACACAGAGAAAAUUUGAAACAGAUAUUCCUGUAACUGCUUAUAUUUGUGAAUAUAGUCAAACAACAUUUCGUGAAUUGUAUACAGAAGAUCUCGCAGGUUUCUUCAAUAGCCACGAAGAUGAGUUGGGAAUUAUUCGAUGGAUCCAUAUUUGUUCUCAAGACAGCCCGCAACCUGCAUUGAUGCUUUUGGAUAGCAAAUAUCGACUUCAUCCUUUGGCUAUUGAAGAUGUUUGUUACACACCUCAGCGACCCAAAAUUGAUAGAUAUGACUGGAUGCUAUUCAUUGUUGCACAUUAUCCACAGUUGAAAGAUGAACCUGGUGGAUUGGAAUUGUCGUUAAAUCAAGUUUCCAUAUUCUUUCUGAAACCUUCUAAUGUUGUAAUUACUUUUGAAGAACCAUCGACCUCUGGAAAGAAUGGAAGAUGGAGUCAUGUGGUUAGGGAACGGCUUACAUUUAGUACAGAUGAUAUUCGUAUUCGUGAUUUAUCAUUUCUUGUAUAUUCUAUUCUUGAUGCUCUUAUUGAUAGUUAUUUUCCCGUUUUAGAGUUUUAUGGAGAGCGAAUCGAAGAAAUCGAAGCGGAAUUGAUGGAUGAACCUAAACCAGAUCUUAUAAAAGGCAUUAAUAGAUUGAAACGAGAUAUGUUCACUAUGCGCCGCAAUACUUGGCCAUUGAGAGACAUGUUUGGUCGCCUAAUUACGUUGCCUGAAGUAACGAGCAACACCAAAAUGUAUCUCCGUGACUGUUUUGAUCAUAUCAUACAGAUCAUUGAUAUAUUGGAAGUAUACCGGGAUAGUUCUAUGGGUCUUAUCGAUAUUUAUUUGAGUGGUGCAAAUAACAAAAUGCAAGAAGUUAUGAAAACAUUGACCAUCAUCAGCACCAUAUUUAUUCCAUUAACAUUUAUUACUGGAGUGUAUGGAAUGAAUUUUAGUUUUAUGCCAGAAUUGGAAUAUGAUUAUGGAUAUUUCUUUUUUUGGUAAGUGAAGAAUAUAGCCCAUGUUGAAGCUUCUAUUUAGAUUGUGAAGGGUAUUGGUCAUUAUGAUCGUCAGCUUUCAAGUGUAUAUAUUCAGAAAACGAGGUUGGUUAUGAAAUGUGUCGGUUAACGAUGAUUAUAAAGAGCAUACGUCACAUACAUAA